UUUAAUGACAUAUUGUGACAGAAAAACAUAUCUCAGCUAACAACAAAAAUUAAUUCAGAAGCAAAGCCGAUCGUAACGUGUUGAAACCAACACCAUGUACAAAAUCAAUAAGGGAGCCAACAAAAUCGUGGCUAAAACGCGUGUCGGUCUGGGGCAGAACAUUGAAAAAUUCAACGGCAACACGGCGAGCAGCAAGAAGAGCGGGAGCAUCGAUCUUAGCACGCCCACGGAGCACAACAGUAUCCCGCGUCCGGUCUUUCAACGGCGUCUUACAAAACGGAUUGCAUCAGCCAAGCAGAACGAUAUUGGGGUGACAUCGCCGCAGAACGAGGAUAUCAUAAACUUUAUAAGUGACUCAUGGAACACUGUCACUAACAACAAUGCAAUUAGUCCUGAAGCAAGCAUGUUCGCCUCCUCAUUGGCUACAGUUUGGAUAGAGCCCAAAAGCCCAGAGUUGGCAGACUUUAAGCCCUUUGAUCUGGAAUCCUGGUGGAGUCGUCGCUUGUUCGAAAACAUUACCAAUGACCUCUGAUUCAGAGUAUCUUAAGCGCAGGCGCAGCUACAGGCGGCCUUAGCGACGCUCUAUUAAACAGCAAACAGAUAACAAGAGCGAGCUGAGAUAAAUACGAGUAAUACGAGUAGAGAGCAUGAAGCUAAGCGAGCAAAUUCAAGGGUUCGAUUACGUUAAAUUACGCUCAGUGCAAUGGCCCAAGGGGAACACAAAAUGAGUUGAUUUGUUGAUGGAUUUAUAGCCACUUUCAUUCGCCCGAAACAUUACUCAAUACAAUUCUCCAAAGCAUGUCAAAAGCACGAAUUUUUGUGGUAAUGAACACAUUUUUAUAUUACGCUAAGUAAUGCUUGUUUGCUACACCUACUAAAACAGUGGCUUCAAUGAUUUUGGAUAUAUAUGUUUCCCUCUAAAAAAGAACGUGAAGUUAAAUUUUAAAAAAAUAUGUAUCGCAUUUUUGGCAGAUGGUAAAUACGGAAUACAAACAAAUUCCAAACUAAAAUACUUUCCACAAAUGUUAUAUUUGAGUGUAAAUUAAUUUGUACAAUGUGUAGCAUACUUUCAUGUUUAUCAAACAAAAAAUAAAGAAAAGGAGAAAGAGAGGGCUUCCGGGCGCUGAGUUGGCCAUACCCUA